AUUGCAAAAGUUUGCGUUUUGUCAGAGAAAUUUUGUAAAAAAAGCUUAAAAUUUAUACAUUAAAUAACGAAAUAUAAAUUAAUUAAAAUAUUAUAAUACAUGUAAAACAAUACAAAUAUUUAAUUUUAAAUACAAAUAAAAAGCUGCUUAAGAAAUUUACACUAAAAUAAUUCAUUCACUCAACCUCUUACCCCAACAAAAAAAAAAAAACAAUGUCAACAAAUACGAGAAAACAUCGCCAGAAAGCAGCCGGCAUUGAUGGAGGCUCCAGCAGCAAUCAUCGCCACAACCACAUGGAAAAAGUGAAAAUACCCGAAAGUGAACGUUUACCGUUACAAUUGAAAAUUUCUGAUUUUCUGGCCAGCAGCGAUGAUGAAAUUAUACUAAAAGGUCUCUCCAAUACACAUCGCAAAUACUUGCAUCAAUAUGCCGCUCGACUAGGUCUCAAGUCCCAAAGUUAUGGCAAUAAGAAUAGUCGUGAAUUACAUAUACGCAGACGUAAACGUCUGGCGACCUUGGGCGAUGUACGGCCCUUGAAUAUGUCGGCUGCCACUAGAGCAAUGCUACAAAGUCUUCUGCCAACCAUACAAACACAACUGGUUACGAAUCAGGUUAUUGUUCAAUCAAAUUCUAGUGCAUCACAUCGAUAUAGAAAUUUACGCGGUGAUUCGAUAUCGGUAGCUUUGGGUCCGCGUAUGAUACCACCACGGUCUCAACGUAUCAGCAAUGAAUUGUUUCGCGAUAAACAAGAAUUGCCGAUAUUUCAUUAUCAAGGAGAGUUGCAUCAAAUGCUGAAGCAACAUAAUGUUUUUAUAGUAAAUGGUGAAACUGGUUCCGGCAAGACCACACAAGUUCCUCAGUUCAUAUUAAAUGAAGCUACACGACGUAAUCGACCAUGUCGCAUCAUUGUGACACAACCCAGAAGAGUGGCAGCUGUCUCGGUAGCCCAUCGUGUAGCAAAAGAAAGAGGAGAACCUUUAGGCGAAACAGUUGGCUAUCAAAUACGCAUGGAAAGUCGCGUUAAAAAGACUUCCAAUUUAAUCUACACAACAUCUGGCUGCUUUUUACGUUCCAUAAUGGCAGACGUACGUGAUCUUUUCCGCAAGGUGUCGCACGUCAUUAUCGACGAAAUCCAUGAACGUGACAAAAAUACCGAUUUCACCCUGAUCACCAUAAAGGAACAAUUGAAGCAUAACAAAGAUCUCAAGGUGAUACUUAUGUCGGCCACCAUGGAUAUACAAUUGUUAUCCAACUAUUUUGAUAAUUGUCCAGUAUUAAAUGUACCCGGUCAAGGGUAUGAUGUUAAAAUUUAUCACUUAGAAGAUAUACUUUUUCAUACGGGAUAUCGCACCGCUUUAAUGGAGAAAUAUUUACGGUCGAUGAAUGAAGCGUUUCCCACACCCACCUCCAUGUUUAGCGACAAUAUUUUGGAGACUAUGAAUCGUACGACUGCUGAUCGUUUAGAGGAUGAGUACAUGCAACAGGUGUUGGAUUCGUUAAUUGAGCAGUGUUGCGAGAGUGAGGAAGUGCGUGCUAAGGAAGAGCUAAAUGAAAUGUUUGAUCAGAUCCAGUACUAUAUAGAAAGUGAGGGUAUGUCUAUAAAUGCAGGACAUUCGGAUACAGGUUUGACGCCAUUAAUGGCGGCCUGUAAAUGUAAUAUGCCCGAAUUUGUACAGUUUUUAAUACUAAGACAGGCAAAUGUGGAUAUACGUGACAAUGAUGGUUACGAGGCCAUAGAUUAUGCCCGUCUUCAUGCAGAUGGUUUGUGUUUGCAAAUUAUCAUGGGCUCUACCAACUGUGUAGAGCGUGUUAAGCAACAGGAGGAGUUAAGUCAGCAGGAUAAGGAAAAGCAUCGCAUUUUGGUUGCCUAUCAGCAGCAAUUCAACGAUGACAAUGAGGUGGAUCAUGAUUUGAUAUUAUCUUUGCUGGAGGGUCUCUAUAGGAAUGGCCACAGUGGCGCCAUUAUGGUGUUUUUGCCCGGUUACAAUGAUAUCGUGCAGCAAAGAGACUUAAUACAAAGCACUUUACCGGCCUCAACCUACAAACUGUGUAUUUUACAUGGCCACAUGGAUUCCAAAGAUCAAUUUGAGGCAUUACAAAGGCAUCCCGUGCGCAAGAUUAUAUUGUCUACGAAUAUAGGACAAACCUCUAUAACAAUACCAGACCUGGCCUACAUCAUAGAUUCGGGUAAAGUCAAAAUGAAUACUUAUGACUCGAUAACUGAGUCAUCACAACUACAAUCGAUUUGGAUAUCACAGGCCGAUGCCUGCCAGCGUUCAGGCAGAGCUGGUCGCACCCAGAACGGUGUUUGCUAUCGUUUAUAUUCCAAAGCAAAAUACCAAUUUAUGCCACAAUUUAGCAUACCCGAAUUUAUGCGCAUUCCCUUGACCGAAAUAUGUCUGUAUUCUAAAACCUUGGAGCCUAAAUGUGGGGUACAAAACUAUUUGCAAAAAUCCCUUAAUCCUCCGUCAACGCUCAGCAUACUAAAUGCUGUUAGAAAAUUGAAAAUUCUAGGAGUUUUUCGUGACGAUGAAUCAGUAACGGAAUUGGGUAAACAUUUGGUGGACAUACCCCUGGAUGUUCAGUUGGGCAAGUGCUUGUUGUAUGGUGUAUUUUUAAAAUGCUUUGAUCCCAUACUAACCAUAUGUGCUUAUCAUUCGGUCAAGGAUCCCUUUAUAUUGCCAACAGAUCGUUCGGCCCAAGGCCAGGCCUCUUUUCAGCGUAAAUCAUUUUCAGGCCAAUCGUUUAGCGAUCAAAUGGGUAUUUUAUCGUUGCACAAAUCGUACAUGGAAGUCCGACACAAUCCCCGCAAAGUAAGAGAGUUCUGUAAUAAAUAUUUCCUCUCCCAUUCGGCCAUGGAAAUGUUUUGCGCCACACGCAGACAAAUUAACGACGUCAUCAAGAAUAUGUUCAACAUCAACUACAUGGAUAAAGUGUUUAACAAUGACUGGCACAUGAUACAGUUGUGUCUGGUGGCUGGUUUUUAUCCCAAUGUGGCUUUAAUCGAUCGUAAGUCCCUGAAAUUGGUUUGUGGCGCUGAAAAGCAAUUGAUUUUACAGAGAACCUCGUCGUUAAAUCCUCCGGGCAAAAAACAUCUUAAAGAAUUUAUCAACCAAAUGCCGCACGAUUGGAUAGUGUUUUAUGAAAAGUCGCGCAUAACAAACACCUGUACUAUUAACAUGAACACUGUGGUGCCCUCUCUUAUGAUUGCCCUACAAUGCGGCUUGGAUUGCGAUAUAACCAACAGUGUGGGCAAUGAUGAGGAUGACAGCGAUGAUGAGGACCUCCUUUGUAACGAUGACCUUGACUCCGACUCAGACUCGCAACAUUCACUGCAAUUAACUUCCAACUCUGCCACCAAUAAUACACACUCCUCCUCUAACUCUUCAAAUGUGUUAAAUGAUUUUGAAGCUUUACAGCUGAAAUUGUCGAAAACUUUGAAAAACAUAUCUCUCAAUAAUGACAACUGUAAAACCAUAAUGUCUCUAGAUAAUUGGAUUAAAUUCGAUAUACAGUCCGGUGAUGCUAAACUAUUGCUGCUCAUGCGCAUAGCUUUGCAUACACAGUUUCUGGCGUUUUUGAAAACUGGCCCCAAUGCAGCGACUUCGUCAGCGGCAUUUUGCAUACAAAAGUUAUUGAAUACAUUGCACUCUUCUCAUGCAGCUACAUUUAAAAUGACAGUUUAACUGUGUAUUUUAAUAACAUAAUUUUUAAAGCACACUUUUAGGCUUAUUUAAAAAAUAUAGUGCGGUGAAAAAGUAUAAAGAGAAAGAUACAUUCAUACUACAUAUUUUUUAUUUUAUAUUUAAGCCGUGGUAAGAUGUAUUUGUUUUUUUGUUUUUUUUUUAAUAUUUUACUUUUAUUAGCAACAAUUUUCUUAAACGUUUUUUUUUGUUUUAAAUUUUUCAAAUAUUUAUCACAAAGUUGUCUUGGACUUUUCAUCACCGCACUUUAUUAUAUCAAACAUGUUUAAUUUUAAAUACUUACAAUAGUUUAUAUUAAUUUUUAAUACUAUACAAACAGAAAUAUAUAAAAGAAAAACAAAAGAAAUUAAGAUAUAUAACUCUAUAUAAAGAAAACUUUUAAUAGUAUGAAUUUUGUACAUGAAAUUUGAAAUGUUUUGAAUGCGUUAAACUCUAAAAUUGAACCCCCCACUUAUAAAUCACAAAAAUUAUAUUACAACAACAAAAUGAAUAAAGAAGUAAUAAAAAUAAUAUAUAUAUUUAAUUUGUGUAACAAA